AUGGAAACGCUUCCACCACCAUCUGGUGUGAGCCCCAAAACAGUGGAGAAAGCUGUGGAUGCUCUUCUUAAGUGGAGAUCUUCCAAAUUGAACACGCAAAAGGCUCAAUUACUCGAACAUGACGAGUUCGUCUACCUUAUUCUAACCCUCAAAAAGAUCCCACAAAAGGGUUUCAGCCGCACCAACGCCCACAAAAUCCCUAUCCCCAACCCCUUAAUGAACCCUUUAAACGAAGCCCCUGAGAUCUGCUUAAUCAUCGAUGACAGACCCAAAUCAGGCCUCAAUAAAGAUGCUGCCAAGAAGAAGAUUCAAAACGACAACAUACCCAUCUCCAAAAUCAUCAAGAUUUCCAAGCUCAAGACCGAUUACCGUCCUUUUGAGGCUAAGAGGAAACUCUGUGAUUCUUAUGAUAUGUUCUUUGCUGAUAGAAGGGUGGUUCAUCUCUUGCCUAAGAUGUUAGGGAAGCAGUUUUUUAAGAAGAAGAAGAUUCCGGUGCCUCUAGAUUUGAAGCACCACAAUUGGAAAGAGCAGAUUGACAAAGCCUUUGGGUCUGCCUUGUUGUAUCUGAGGAGUGGGACUUGUAGUGUGGUGAAGGUAGGGAGGAUUUCGAUGAGUAGAGAGGAGAUUGCCAAAAAUGUGAUGGCAGCUAUUAAUGGGAUUUCGGAGAUUGUGCCUAGGAAGUGGGGUGGUAUUAGGUCUUUCCAUUUGAAGUUGCUUGAUAGCUUGGCUUUGCCUGUUUAUCAGUCAGUUCCUGAUUUGAAGCUGAAGAUUGAUGAUGGUGCUAAAGAGGAGGAGAAUGAGGAGGAGGACGGUGUGGUCGCUCAAAAGGAAGAGAAAGAGAAGGUUAAAAAGGGCAAAAUUGGGAAAAAGAAGGGAAGGAUACAUGAGGUUAGAUAUAUGGAUAAUAAUAAUAAUGAUAAUGUUGAUGGUCAGGUUGUGGAGAAGGAUGAAUUGGGGAGUGAUGGUGAAGGGUAUCUUGAUAAUGAUGAUGAUGAUGAUGAUUUUGAAAAGGGUAGCGGUGAAUUGUUAAAUAAGAAGAGAAAGAAGGGAGCUAAUAAAGAGAAAGGUGAGAAGAAGGAGAAGAAGGUAGCUAAAUUGAAGAAAGAAGAUGGUGUCAAGCGAAAGAAAGCUACAAAUGAAGAUGGUUUCGAGCAAAAGAAGCUGAAGAAAGGUUCUUCCGGUUUAGAAAUUGGGGGAAUGGAAGUGAAGGAUAAGAAGAAGAAGAAAAGAUUGGCUACUUAA